GAGUUCCACAGUUUUGUUGUCCAUUAGGCAUUUGGUUGAGUUUUACUGAAGCUCAUAUGUCCGCUUUCUUUUAGGUAGAACACAUUAACGUAUCUUGAAUUUAUUUGCAAACGAAUUCGUUUCGUUAGUUCACUUUAUGUACGAACCAGAAUAGUUUCGGUUUCACAAUCAAGCUUUUUAGUCGCGGUCAUAUUACUCGUAGUUCACCUGCAGUGGUGUUUAAGUUGCCUCCAAGCUGCUUUGGGACUUCCUUGAAGUUGGUUUUCUUGCUUUACAUUUACAUUGCAACUUUUAAUUUUUAAGGGAUUCACAACACUGGGUUUAUGGAAAGGAUUAAUUUUAAAAUAAUCCUGGCUCAAAGGGAAAACGCAGAGGAAAAUUAUGUAUUAAGACGCCCAUCCCUCAAAUUCUGAGUAUCAACAAAGAACCAGCGCACCUGACGACUCGAUACCAGGGUUAGGUACUCCCUGAACUAGUGCUUUAGCUGCAAACUCCAAGCUGACGAUUCGGUUCACUUUUUAAUUUUAGUGUUGGACUACAACAAAAGCUGCAACUUCAGUAGACCUCCAUUUUGAUUGGACACCCCUGCUGCAGCCUGGCCUCUCCCGCCUGCCUCCAAGGGGUGGAGCCUGUGCCACGUGACAGGCGACCUGUUCUCCAGUCCCGCCGAUGAGGCGCUGGCCCACUGCAUCAGCGAAGACUGCCGCAUGGGCGCGGGCAUCGCCACCAUCUUCAAGAAAAAAUUUGCGGGCGUGGCUGAGCUGAAAGCUCAACAGAAGACCCCUGGAGACUGUGCGGUGCUGAGGCGUGGCGAGCGCUGGGUGUAUUACCUGAUCACUAAGAAAAAAGCCAGCCAGAAGCCCACCUACGAUAGCCUGCGGCAAAGCCUGGAGGCCAUGAAGCGGCACUGCCUGGAGAACAGCGUGACCCGUCUAUCCAUGCCGCGAAUCGGCUGUGGACUGGAUCGUCUGAAGUGGGAAAACGUGUCUCUGAUGAUUGAGGACGUCUUUGGAGACACGGACGUUUGCAUUACGGUGUACACACUAUGAGCCUGGAGCACUCGGACCGUCCCGGUGUACCAGACCUGGGUCAAAUACGUAUUUGUUUUGGAUUCAAACACUUCUCUAUGUUUACUGAUCUUGUCAUUAAAUAAUAUUGGGGGGGAGGGGGGAACAAGCAUUUUAUUGGAACCAAUUAAAUACUCUUAAAAAGUGCAAACCCCGCCUUCUGGUCAUAUUGGCAGGCUAGAUUACACCAGGCAAGAUCAGUAGAGAACAGAAAAGUAUUUGAAUCCAAAACAAAUGCGUAUUUCAGCCAGGUCUGCAGUGUACACACUGUACACAUACCGAGCCUGGAGAACCCGGACUGGUCCCAGUGUGAUCAAGGCCUGACCUCUACUGGACACUUCUUGCCAUUUGAAUCUGAUGCUGUCCAGCAUUUUGACUGAGGUUUUUCUGAGCUGAUGAGGCUUUUUCAGUCAGUUUAGUGCAUUUGUUUUCCAAUGUCCUGUUAAACGAGUCGAUUACCUAAUUUCUGUGAGUUUCUUUUAUGUGGUCAGAACCACAACAGUUUGUAAUUUUGCUAUUUUUGAUGCCACUCAUGAUUUUGAACUUUUAUACGAAAUGUUCGUAAGUUGUUUUCUUUUCAUUCUUCCUUCCUUUCUCCUAAUGAAUGCCAAUGUCUGUUUUCAAUAUUAAUGAAAAUAUUUUAUUUAAUGUUAAAAUAACUAGAACAAACUAUUUGUUCAGCAAAAUUGUUUUGAUUGCUAAUUGCUCAUUUUUUGUCGAGACCGUUCGGGUAGUUGAUUUUGGAAGUUGUGGCCUUUUGCACUUUUGUAUAACAGUGACAUUCUAAAUGAUCGGUGAAAACCUGUGAUCACAAAGUCUAUUAAAUAUAUAGACAGUAAGGGUGUCUUAAAGUGGCAAUCCUUAAUUAUUUUAUAUUAAAAAAAGCCUUUUCAUGGUGGUAUUUUAUGAGCA